UACAAAAUUCACCCCGUCGGCCCCAAUUCAAAGCAUUUCCUCCCCAACUCCGUUACAGCUCCUCGAGAAUUCCUGCUGAGCAUUCGUCCGCAAAGCACUCCGCACGCGACGCACGCAACGCACCGCACCGCACCGCGCGCUUCAACGUUUGAGAAUCGCAAUUUUAUUUUCGUGGUUUUGUGAACACAUUUCUUUUGAGAGUAGUGUUUGAACGGCUCCACAAAGCGAGGCGGGAAUUAACGUUCAUCGCCGAUCCCAUCUUGGUGCCCAAUUCCACUUCUGCGUGCUGGACUUUGGUGAGGUGGCGACAACCGGUAGCCCGGCAUCCCAGAGGACCAGCGGGCCGUGUGGCAUAGCAGCAGAUUCAGCGGCAGUGGGAUAGAGCGUGGGACUGCGCUCGGCCUGGGGUCGCCACCUGUGGACCAAUACCGGGACGUGGCGAGAUGUUAACUCCCUCGCCUGAUCCAUCUGCAGACCAAGUGAACAACUAACACAGCAGCGGUAGCAGCCCAGAAGAGCUUUCGUAAGAAAGAGAGGGCACAAGAAGAGCUUUCGUAAGAGAGACAGAGGGCCGCUGAGAGAUGUCAGCCUCCCGGGCGGACGUGGCGAUGCUGCUGAUGCUCGUGGCGGCCAUCGCUGCCAUCCAAGGGGCCCAAGCCACGUGGCCUCACUACUACGACUCCUACGAUGGGCCCUUGGCAGCCGACCCACCGGCCUACUAUGACGUCGUCGAAAUGAGCAGCUCUCAUGACUGCCCCGAGGUCUGCACCUGCCCCCCCGCCUGGCCGACUGCCAUGUACUGUGACAACCGCAAACUCAAGGAGGUGCCGCCCAUCCCGUCGAGGAUGAAGUACGUCUACCUGAGCGGCAACCAGAUCGAGGGAAUCAAGGAGGAUGCCUUCAGCAACGCGACCGAGUUGUCCUGGCUGCUGGUGGACAACAACCAGCUGCUGAGCGACAAGGUGGGCAAGGGCGUGUUCAGCAAGAUGGCCGGCCUGGAGAAGCUCUACCUGGACCACAACAACCUGACCGCACUGCCCACACUGCCACGCUCCCUGCACGAACUGCGAGCCAGCUACAACAAGUUGUCCAAGUUUGGCGGAUCUCUGGGGAAGCUGGAGAACCUCACGAUGCUCAUCAUGAACAACAACAAGCUCAAGGAGGACGGCCUCGGAGCCGCCUUCAAGGGCCUGAAGUCGCUCAUCCAGCUGGACCUGUCGGGGAACCAACUGAAGAAGAUCCCCGACAGCCUCCCGGCGUCCAUCAAGAUGCUCUACCUGGACAACAACCACAUUGACGCAGUGCCCGCCGACUUCGUGAACAAGUUCGCGGGCCUCCAGUACCUGCGGCUGUCGCACAACGCGAUGACGGACGCGGGCGUUCCCGCGGCGGUCUUCAACUCGACCUCGCUGGUGGAGCUCGGCCUGGGCCACAACAAGCUGCACAAGAUCCCCGUGGUCAGCGAGCACCUGGAGAACCUCUACCUGGAGGCCAACGAGAUCCAGGAGUUCACCGUGAGCAGCUUCUGCGGCUCCCCGGGCUCGCCGCUCGCCUACUCGCGCCUGCGCUACCUGCGCAUGGACGGCAACAACCUCACCCGCAGCGCGCUGCCCGCAGAGGCCUUCCAGUGCCUGCGCGUCGCCUCCGAGAUUCUUUUCUAACGGGGAAGGGGGGGGGAGGC